AUGCUUGCGCAUCGGCCCGGCACCAACGCUCAAAUUCGAACCUGUCCAACCUCCCCUUUCCUCACGCAACAUCUUGGAUCUUUACUGGAUACUCAUCUCCGUGACAAAAGAUGGAUGAAACCCUUUGUCAUGCCCGAGGCCAUGGAUGUGGGGAAACUUGCCUACAUCAUGAAUCGACUUCAGCUUUUGGUGCCGUCUGGCUUUACUUUUGACUUCUCGUUGGAAUCCGGAAACAUGACUCAGCUCAUCGAACUGAAUCCGUUCGGUGCCUUGAGCGUAUGUAGGAAAUAUCUGUUCAACUGGAUUAAGAAUGCCCGGUUGCUCUACGGACUAGAGGAUGGCUUUGUAUUCUUCAUGGUGCUUGUGUGA